AUGAUGGGCUUACUUAAGAGCAACCUAUUGAGUUUCUUUCUUGAGGCAGUGUUUAAUAUGGGAAACUGCUUAGUUCUGCAAGACAAGGUCAUCACAGUCAUGAAAACAGAUGGGAAAAUCCUUGAAUACAAAGCACCCAUGAAAGUUCAUCAAGUGAUGUCAGAAUUUACCGGUCAUGCAAUAUCUGACACACUUCCGGUUGUUCGCCAUCUCCCUCCGGAUGCUGACAUGCUUGGCAGCCACACGUACUAUCUUCCACCUCUUCCGGCGCCUCCAGAGAAAUUCAACAAGAAGAUGAUCAGGUUCUCGAAUGCUUUGAUAGAAGCUGGACAAGAAACCAGAGUAGUGAGGAUUAAGCUGGUCAUUAGUAAGCAAGAGCUGGAGAUGAUGCUUAGAAAAGGGGGAGCUUCAGCUGAUGGCAUGGUUUCUCAGCUUCGCCAAAAACACAGCGCCAAUGGAUUACUCAAGUCUGAGGGUGAUAGCCAGGGCUGUAAAGGGUGGAAACCCGUACUAGAAAGCAUACCUGAAGCCAACUAG